AGGGCUUGGCAACCCUUUCAGCACUGUCCUAUUGCAACAGGAAGGAGGAGGAUAUACAGAGGUUACUUAAAAGCCCCCAACUUUUUCCAGGCUUCUAUUGCACUUCAGAAAUUCUGCAAGGAAGAGGGAAAAAAAAGGCUAUCUGAAAAGAAGGAUGUCUGAAACAACAAGCAUCAAUGAAGGGAAGAAGCCUCCUCUAAACGGGAGAAGAGCCCUCCCAUCAAACAACUCCAAUGAGGAAGAAAAUGAAGUCCCUGAGAUGGAGGCUUUUGGACUGAUACCUAGAGGAUUUAAUCCAAAAGAUUACCUGCGUGUUGUGGAUAUUCAUAUGUUCAAGGAACCCUAUGAGACUAACAAGCAGCAGCAUCACACUGACAAGUACUAUAACCCCAAGCUGAUAGUGCGGCGGGGACAGCCUUUCCAAAUCCAGAUUGACUUCAACCGACCCUACAAGCCAGAGACAGACCAAUUCUGGCUGGAGUAUUUGAUAGGUCGCUACCCACAGCAAAACAAGGGCACCUACAUCCCAAUCCUAGUAGGUGAUGUGCUGAAACCUGGUGAGUGGGGAGCCAAGAUAACCCGCAAGGAGAACAAUUCCAUUCACAUGUCGAUCAUGUCCUCUGCCAACUGCAUCAUUGGGAAGUUUCGCCUGUAUGUUGCUGUCUGGACUCCUUUUGGCAUCCUCCGGACACGCAGAAACCCAGCAACCGACACUUACAUCCUGUUCAAUCCCUGGUGCCAGCAGGAUGCUGUAUAUCUGGAUGACGAGAAGGAAAGGGAAGAAUAUGUCCUGAAUGAUGUUGGUAUUGUUUUCCAUGGGAACAUCAGCGACAUAAAAUUAAGAAGCUGGAGUUAUGGUCAGUUUGAAGAAAACGUUCUGGAUGCUUGCCUGUUUCUGAUGGACAAAGCAGAACUGGAGCUCUCUGGGCGUGGAAACCCCAUCAAGAUCUGCCGUGUUGCCUCUGCAGUAAUCAACUCCAGGGAUGAUAAUGGUGUGAUUGCUGGAUCUUGGGACAAUACAUACACCUACGGGGUCGCACCUUCAGCCUGGACAGGAAGCGUGGAUAUUCUUUUGGAGUAUUACAGUUCCAAGCAACCUGUGCGAUAUGGCCAGUGCUGGGUCUUUGCUGGUGUCUUCAAUACAUUUCUGCGGUGCUUGGGGAUACCUGCAAGACUCAUUACCAACUAUUCUUCUGCCCAUGAUAACAAUGCCAAUUUACAGUUGGACUUCUUUCUGGAUGAUGAAGGGAAAGUGGACACCAAAAUUACAAAGGACUCUGUCUGGAACUAUCAUUGCUGGAAUGAAGCUUGGAUGACCAGACCUGAUCUUCCUGUUGGUUUUGGAGGAUGGCAGGUUGUUGAUGCAACACCCCAAGAAACCAGCGAUGGUAUGUACAGGUGUGGCCCAACCUCAGUUCAAGCCAUUAAACAUGGUCAUGUUUGCUUCCAAUUCGAUGCUCCUUUUGUCUAUGCUGAGGUGAAUAGUGAUAUUGUUUACUCAAGAAGGGAGAGAAACGGAGCCCAAGUGGUAGAAAAAAUUGAUACAAACCAUAUUGGCCAGUUGAUUGUGACCAAGGAAGUUGGGGGUGAUGGAAUGCUGGACAUUACUGAGGAGUACAAGUUCCGAGAAGGCUCAGAGGAAGAGAGACUGGCUCUUGAGACUGCUGUGAUGUAUGGUGUUAAAAAGCAAACUACCCAAGAUGCUGCAUAUCAGCCACAGAGAGAUGUUGACAUGGACUUCCAAGUGCAAAAAGCAAUCCUUGGCAGUGACUUUAAAGUCACUGUAACUUUCAGGAACAAAAGUGGCAACUACUACACUGCUACUACAUACCUUUCAGGCAACAUUGUAUUUUAUACAGGAGUCACAAAAAAUGAAUUCAAGAAACACUCUUUCAGUGCAAAACUGGAACCUUUCUCAUCCAGUGCUUUUGAUGUUGUGGUCAAAUCAAAUGAGUAUCUGAGUGACCUGCUGGACCAAGCCUCCUUUCAUUUCUUUGUGACAGCACGGAUCAAUGAAACAGGGAAGAUUCUGGCCAUGCAGAAGGCGACAGUCCUGGAAAUUCCUGCCCUGCGAAUCAAGACCCAAGGUGAGACAGUAGUUGGUAAAGAAAUGUCUGUGACUGUGGAAUUCACCAAUCCUCUGAGACAAACCCUGGAAAAUGUCACACUCCGCCUCGAGGGACCUGGCUUGCUGAGAACUGUGAAAAAGGAGUUCAGGCAAAUCCCAAUGAACUCUACCUUGGUCUGGGAAGUAAAAUUCACCCCAAAACGACCAGGGUUACGGAAGCUGAUUGCAAGCCUGAAUUGUGAUGCUCUGAGGCAUGUGUAUGGCGAGCUGAACGUCCAGAUUCAGAAACUAUGAACAAAGGUAACUUUUGGCUUUCACCAUUCUGUGUACUACGGGGAUUAUCUGAAAACAAAAGAAGAGCCCAAGAAGAAAGAGUAACUCCGCUUUCUGAAUCUUGAAUCUCUGCUCUUGAAUCAUCAGUGAAAAAGAAAAGCAGGGCAAGCUGGGUGUGCGGUACACCUUGACUCCUUCCUCCUGCCCUGGCUGAAGGUCCCUCUCUCCUUUCCUGGCGUUACUGAAUUUGGGACAGAAACUUCAAACACGUUGCAAUGUCCACAAAAAAACAAAAGGAGCAGAUGUCAUAGGGAUGGAGGGUAGAAGGUAAAAAUCCUGGCCAAGGGGUGGGUCAUCUCAGGAUGUCGUAGCAGUGGUGGGAAAUACCCCUUUCAACUCUGAAUAUUUGUGGCAACACUCAGUGGGGGUGGGCUGUCUGCACCAGCAGCUUGAGAGUGGGAGUAUCUCAUGCUGCUUUCAGCAGGACAAUAGUGGCUGAAACAAUGGGCCACUGCAAUAACUAAAUUUACAAAGACUUGAUUGUGCAGUUCUUAUCAUUUUUUUAUUUUAAUGAUCUAUUAUAUUAAUUGAUAUUGCAUAUCUGGAUGGCUGAACAUUUUCGUCUUCCAGUAGGAUCAGGGCUUUAAAGCAAAUCUCAGCCUGGUGAACUUCCCUAGGAAAAGUCACCACCAACAAGGUUGCUGGAUUUGGAUAAUCUGGAUGUGUAUGUGUGACAGAGUUCAGAGACUGUCAGUCCUUUAGCCCCACAUCAAGCCUACCACCUUGGGGCUUUCAUGCAACUCAAAUCCAGGGUGAUGGAGCUGAAGCCUGGUUUUGAAGACUGACAUAGCUCAAAUUAGUUUGGCAAGUGGCUGUAGCAGCAGAGAUCAGAAAAUCCAAUCCCAUCCACUUUUCUUGGCCAUAAAGACCCAUCACCGUGAUUGGUGAGGGGAGAGAGAGACAGAGUCAAGUUUGCACUUCUCUCUCUGUCACUUAAAAAUAAGAGAUGUGAAACAACAAAUAAUUAAAAGCCCACAGUGUUUUUCUCCCUCCUGUUUUAUUUCUUUUGCUUCAUGAAUUUUGAGGCAUAUUUUUGAUGUCUGGUUGGGUUACAGUAGAUCUAUCCACACUUGCAAUCCACCCUGUCAGGCUCCUGGUAGAGGAUAUGGGGCAAAUAAGUCAGUUCCAGAAGCAGCACUAGUCUCCUUAGGGCGCACAAGAAGAGGUA